UAGUACAGUCUGACAUAUCUUUGUUAAACCAGCCCUGCAGAGGAUGUCCUUGUAACAGUCUUUUUUCUUUUUCUUCCUUUCGAACAUCCUUUCUGAGAGUGUGCACGGAAGCAGGGAGCAGCCCCCCUGAGAGAUGGAAUGAGAGAAAACGACAGUCUUUGAAACAUAGGCUACAGGACAUCUGUUCCAGAAAUAGCAAUCACUUCACCUUUACUGUGAUAGUGUGGAGGAUUGUGGGAGUGGAUAAUCUCCAUGUGAUUAAAAUCCGGUAAAGUGCUGGUUUGUCGGUGAGGAGGGAGACGGAGAUGGAGAGCGUGUCUGACAGCUUCACGAUCAUGGAUCCUCUUCUUCGCUGUAGCGUUUCAAACCGUGCAACACGCCGAUCAUGACAAAGUGGAAUAAAGGAAAUGAAGAGGUGAACCAUCAGCUGACCUAACCUAUUUCUGACUCAUCUGCUUGUCAGCCUUACACCUCUAGACCUGUAGGGGACAGACAGCCACUGAUAAUAAUCACCUGAUGCACCACUUUCAGGAACUCUGUCAGGAAAUGCCCAGAGCUGUCUCAAACAAGAGGUGUUAACAGCUGCAGCUCAACCUAAAGUCAGAGUACAAUUACUGGAGGAGCAUGGUGGAACGUGGAGUUCAGAGCAGUGAGUUGUUGCCUGGAAGUCAAACACCCAGGAACAAAUGAGUAGCAGUGGAUUUGGCAGCAGCUCCAGCUUGCUCCAGGGCCGACGUUUCUACUGCCGGGAAUGGGCCCUGGACAAGCUACGACGCUGCCUGGACAGCCGCUCUGUGCCAGGGCAACCAGCAGGGCUGCUGGUGAUGGGGGGCCCCGGCGCCGGUAAGACUGCUCUAUGCACUGAGGUGGUGUGGCCCAGCUCGAAGGCAGGUCUUGCAGUCGGGCUGGCACCACGCUGCCUGGCCUCCCACUUUUGCCAGAGGGAGGACCAGAGUAGUACGGUCCUGUGGAGGUUCGUCCUGGGCCUGGUGGAGCAGCUGAGGGCCUCACCUCUCCUUUCUUCUGGGUACGAAGAGAUCCUCAACAGCCCGUCUGUAUCCGCUUCUCUGGAGCCUCUCACCUGUCAAAGAGACCCUGAUGAUACCUUCAAGAGAGCAGUGUUGGGACCCCUGUUGGACCUUCCUCCUCCCGCCCAGACUCUGAUGCUGGUGGUGGACGCCCUUGAUGUAGGGUAUGGAGCAGGAGAAGGAAAUGGGAACAGCGGCUCCAUUGCACAGCUCCUGGCCGCCAAUCAACACCUGCUGCCCAGCUGGCUGCUGCUGGUCUGCUCUGUCCGCCGCCACAACAAGGCUGUGUCCAAGAUGUUCUCAGGUUUUCGUAGGCUCUGUCUGGAUGAUCUGCGCAAGCCCCCGCCAGUCCGUGAUGUCCAGCAGUACAUCCUCUGCCGUCUAGAUGAAGAUUCAACACUACGCCGUCAGCUCACUCCUGACACAGCUGACAUGUUAAAUCUGCUGCAUAUUAAGAGCGGCGGCUGCUUUCUCUUCCUUGAGCGUGUGCUGGAUGGAGUGGCAGGUGCACUUGUGGGACUCCGGGAGAUUCGAGACAUCCCUGGGACUCUCAACGGCCUCUACCUGUGGUUAUGCCAGAGACUGUUCCCCCGGGGGCUCUUUGUCUAUGUCAGGCCUCUCCUCAAUGUCCUCUUGGCUGCCCCAAGGCCCCUCACACCCCAGCAGCUGUUUACAGCAGCCUGGACACAUGACACCCUGCUCAGCAUCCAGGACUUCCAGAACAAGCUCAGAACCCUUGCACCUCUCUUGGUCAAUGGCCCUGGGGACACCAAACUACUUUUUCAUGCCAGCUUUGCUGAGUGGCUGACGGAUGUUAAGUAUUGCACACAGAAGUACCUCUGUAGCAGAACAGAAGGUCACAGCAUGCUUGCCAUGGCUUUGACUUUGCAGGGACCCCACCUGGACAUUGAGGACACUUGCCAGCUUGCGAGACAUUUAGUUUGCUCAGGUCACCAUAAAGAUAACCCCUCAUUAUUGGCCCUGUGGAUGCUGUGGGCAGGUGUGCCUGCUCUUACUCCUAUCGGCAGUAGUGCCCUCACCACAUCCAUUAGCCAUCCUCCUGUUCUGGUCAGUCAGGAAGUCCUUCAGCUGUUAACGAGGAGUGGGCUAGUCUCUGCAGCCUGUUUUUCAGAUGCAGACCUAAGGGUUGGAGUGCAUUGCACAGGGGAAGAGGCAACACAUUUACGAGAGGCGUUUGAAAGGGAGAUGUCUAUAAAGAAGCUGCUAGGCAGUGGAGUGUCUGUAAACCAGCCUAUUUCUACAGAUGGACAGACCUUGCUAGCCAAUGCGGCUCAUGAGGGUUCUGCAAACGUAGCUGAACUUCUCCUGAAACAUGGAUCUGAUCCACUGGUUAGUGAUCAACAGGGUCAAACGGCACUAACUUUGGCUUCCAGGCAGGGUCAUGUCAAAGUGUUGUCUGUGCUCCUUGAAUGGACCAAAAUCCAGGAGCCAGAAACUGCAGUGCGGAUGAUAGAGCAUCUCGACAACGAAGGCUGGACUGCACUGCGCUCUGCAGCUUGGGGAGGACACAGCGAGGCUGUCCGGCUUCUACUAGAUUCAGGAGCAGAUGUGGAUGGAUGUGACGCUGAGGGCAGGACUGCUCUCAGAGCCGCUGCCUGGGGGGGGCAUGAGGAAAUUGUCCUGACCCUGCUGCACUAUAGGGCACAGGUUGAUAAAGCUGACAGCAAGGGCCGCACGCCGCUUAUUGCUGCUGCCUAUAUGGGACACCAUGAAGCUGUUGAGAUAUUGCUGGACCACAAUGCAGAAGUUAACUUAGCUGAUGGAGAUGGGCGCACUGCUUUGUCAGUUGCUGCCCUCUGUGUCCCUACAGCAGCAGGGGUCAAAGGUUAUGGUGAGGUAGCAAGUCUGUUGCUGGAGCGUGGAGCAGAUCCAGGACACAGAGACCAUGAUGGAAUGACACCAUUGCUUCUUGCAGCCUAUGAGGGCCACGCCGAUGUAGUUGAGCUUCUGUUAGAAGCUGGUGCUGAUAUAGAUGAGACUGCUGGCCCUAAUGGCAAUGUCCCUGCUGCAGCUGCUGUUACUCCCCUACUGGCAGCUGCAGCAAUGGGCCACAUGAAGGCAGUGUCACGGCUGCUUUUCUGGGGAGCAGCUGUGGAUGCCAUUGAUUGUGAAGGCAGGACGGCACUCUGCCUUGCAGCAGCAAGAGGCAGCGUUGAGGUUGUCCGUGCCCUGCUGGACCGAGGCCUGGACGAGAACCACAAGGAUGACCUUGGCUGGACUCCACUGCACGCUGCUGCAUGUGAAGGCCAUCGGGGUGUGUGUGCUGCUUUGACAGAGCGAGGCAGCAUGGCACGUGUCGGAGAGAUGGAUAUUGAAGGACGCACCCCUCUUAUACUGGCUGCCCAGGAAGGUCACUGGAGCACUGUCAGGCUGUUGUUGGACAGACGUUCUCCCAUUGAUCACAGGGCGUACGAUGGACAUUCUGCCUUGAGUGCCGCACUCCUGGAGGGCCAUGCUGAAGUUUCAGAGCUUCUUAUGAGGCGAGGGGCUGAUACUGAUGUCCGUGAUGCAGAGGGAAGGCCUUUGCUCUACCUCCUAGUGUUGGAGAAUCGCCUUGAAAAGGCUACACUCCUCAUAGAGAAGGGGGGAGUGCCCCUGGAGUCCAGAGACUCUGAGGGCCGUACAGCGCUUCAUGUGGCUUGCUGGCAAGGGUGUGUGGAGAUGGUAGACCUACUGUUAAAGCAUGGGGCAAACCCCAAUGUACAGGAUACAGAGGGGAGACCACCAAUGCAUUCAGUGGCUUGGACAGGACAUGCUAAAGUAGGACGUUGUCUCCUUGAUAGCAGUGGUGUCAAUAUAGACCUCGCUUGUCACCAGAAGGCAACAGCUCUGAGUAUCGCUGCCCAGGAGGGACAUGCAAACAUUGUUGCAAUGCUUCUGGAAAGAGGUGCAAAUCCCAAUCACACGGAUAAAUAUGGCCGCAGUCCAGUCAAAGUGGCUGUGAAACAUGGGCACUUUAACAUUGUCAGGCUCUUGGAAAGCUAUGGAGCCAAGCCAUAUGUAGGCCUGUUGCCUAACUCAAGUACUGUCUCCCCUGCAAAACCCAACAAGAUCCUCUCUUCGGGCAUCUUGGUGAGUAAUGGAGGUAAAGUCACAGCUGCUGCUACCUCCUCCUCUUCAGUAUCUUCUCCCGGCUCCACUGCAGAACGAUUCCACUCUACGCAGAGCUCCCAAUCCUCAUCUACCUGCCACUCACUGGCCACGGUGCAGACAGUGCCAGCCGACAGCCUCCGCUUCAUUCAGCAGAUCCAACAGCACUCACUGCCCCGCAGUCGUAGUCGUCCCUCCACCCUCCCCCCACCAGGGAGCUCAGGCAUUGGCAGCCUCCAUGGAAGCAGCCAGAGACAUCCAAAGGGCAGCCCUCCUACCACUGUUUGCAAAAUCUCUGCCUUGAUGCACAACUGCGAACUGCCUCAGAAAGGCUUGUCGUCUGGACCUGAAUAUCAUGACAAAAUGAACAAACAAAACUCAAACCUAAUAACACCAGACAGGACUACUUAUGCUGGUGGUAAAUGGCACUCAGUCAUGGCUUCCCUUGGGAUAAUGCCAGGGCAAGACUGCCCUGCAGUAGGUGCUAAAAACAGAGAAAGUCCUCCUCUCGGCUACCCAUAUAGGCUACAGAGCCAACUUCAAGGGGAAGCUUGGGAUUCUCAACCCCAGAAGAACAUUUUGUCACCUGCUUACUACAGUUUUUCCCCAGACCCACCUUGUAGUGCCUUGCCACAGGAUGUUAUGGUUGCUAUGACAACCACAAACCCAGAGCUUAAUCUGAAACAGGCCAUCAAACUGCAGUUUGAGGGUCCCACCAGUUCAGCCUUAUACAAGAGAGAGACACCCCUGUGACUGCUGCUCCAAUAUGUGACUAAAGUUAGCUAUUGUUACACUUUCUUUACAAACCUUUUACUUUUACAGAUUACUGAUUACUGAAUUAUUUCAUCAACAGUACAUUUAAAUAAAGUAAUUUAUCAAGCCAAAUACUUUGUCUCAGCAUCUCCAAUGUGAAGAUCUGCUGCAUUUUUUUUGUUUUGUCAUUUUAAAUUGAUAUUGUAGUAUUUAGUAAUUUUGUUAUUUUGAAAAAUAACUGAUAGAUCAAUUGAUCUAAAAUAAUUCUAAAUUGCCGCCCCAGUUUGGGUAUUUACAGGCUAUUUUCUGGUACCAAAACACAAACAGUUGUCUGGUGGCUUAUUUUUUAAGCAUCCACAGACAUUUACAUUCAAAUGACAAAUUUGUUUUUGGUGGAGAUGGAUAUUUUUGCAGUUCAAAGAGAAGGCGUUUUUAUUGAGUUCACUGAGACAUUCUGGGUUCGGAAGAGAUAGGAAGUGGUCUUUUUCUCCACCCCCUUCAGAAAACCACAGGAAGAACAAACUGAAUGGCAUCAAAGCUUACAUUCCUGCCUUUCCGUUGCCUGUUGUGUGUGUUGAGCAGGGCUCUAACAGACAUGCUUAUAUAUUUAAAGUGUACUGUAAAGCAUGGCUGUUCAUUUUCAACCGGGACCAUUUUUAUCACUCCAUAUUUUGGAACACAACUGUCUAGUUGGGUUAUGAUUUAAAUUGUUAUUUUUGCAAGGAAAUAUCCUUUUUUUUAAGAAGUAUACAACCUUGUUUAAGAGCUUUAAGCUUGUGGCCUUGAUCUUUAUUGAAGAUUUUAAUAUUUUACUAUAAACUGGUGUACACCCCCCAUAGGUCCAGUGCUGACAACCAAAAACAGUUUCAAGAAAAGAAAGCUUAACAAAAGCCUAACCCAGUGCGGGGUUUAUUAUACAAAACCAUAAAAGACAGCCAAGUGUACUGAACCAAUUUGGCUUGCUAACAGUGCGUGUCUGUGAGCAAACAGGAAGGAAAGUGAAAAUUGGACCAUAAAAACUGAGGGUGGAUGUGGGAGGAUUGUUAGUUCCAAAGUUUGUGUGGCGGCCCAAAGACAUUUUGAGUUCUUUUAUCAUUUUCCAUCAGAUUAAUGUUUAAUUACAUUCAUUCAUUAAAGUGGCAAACGGUGCCAUAACAAUGUCUACCUCUUUGCGGUCUGCUUCAUUUGUGAAAGCCACACAAUUGUGUUCAUGUUUUAUUUCAUGCACUUUACUACUGUGUGUCACAGAAAGCUUCUGAUGUAGCAUCAUGCAGAGAUGAAAGUCUGUUAGUGGGCUGAUGGUCGCCACCUGGGAGUAUAAAACCAAGCAAUUUUGGAUAGGUUAGAACCUCGAGAAGGGAGGGGUCUGCAUGCAGGCCCAAGUGUUUUAUCAUCCAUUUUUGUGAUGGGUUGUAUCUGUGAAACAUUUCAGCUAUUCAGACUUUGGGAGCUACAUAUCUAUA